AUGGCCGAGAAGACUUUGGACGACACUCCAGGAGGCGGUUCUGGUGCCUCUGACUCUGAGAUCACCGUUUUAGGGAUCAACGAGCGCGCGCUGUUAAGAAAGCUGGACCUGCGACUCUUACCUGCGGUUGGGAUAUUGUAUUUAUUGUCUUUUCUUGACCGAAGCAACGUUGGCAAUGCUCGCAUUGAGGGUCUACUUGAUGACGUUCACAUAACUGGAAAUCAAUAUCUUACAGGCCUAACUCUGUACUUUGUGGGGUAUGUGCUGUUUGAGAUCCCUUGUAACAUUAUCCUCAAGCGCACAACGCCUAGGAUUUGGUUGCCAACGUUGACAAUAGUAUGGGGCAUCGUGGCAACUCUAAUGGGCAUAGUCCAUAAUCUAGCAGGUUUCCUCCUGAGUAGAUUCUUCCUUGGUGCGGAGAGUGGUUUGUUUCCAGGGGUAGUGUUCUACUUCUCUAUGUGGUACAAGAGGCGAGAGCGGCAAUAUCGCAUAUCCCUCUUCUUUAGCGCCGCAUCUCUGGCCGGCGCAUUUGGCGGUAUCUUGGCUUAUGGAAUCGGAAGAAUGAGAGGUAUUGUCUGGGAGAACGGGUGGCGCUGGAUUUUUAUCUUGGAGGGCAUCCUCACGGUUGUUGUGGCAGCUGCGGCGUAUGGAUUUAUUCACAACUACCCAGACACAUCGAAGUUCCUAACUGAAGAGGAACGGAAAUUUAUACACGAGCGGUUGGCGGCAGACAGCGAUUCUACGCACGAAGAACACUUUAACUGGGGAGCUGUAGUAGAAGCACUGAAAGAUCCAAGCUGCUGGCUCUACGGAUUGGGGUUUCAUACGAUGAGCUUACCUCUCUAUACGCUGUCUCUAUUCUUGCCAACCAUUAUAUCCAAUCUUGGAUACACAGCGGCAACAGCGCAGUUGCUCACCGUCCCACCGUAUGCGUUCGCAUUUAUAACAACAGCCUCUGUAGCAGUUCUCUCCGAGAGACUUGGCCAAAGAGCAAUCUUUAUUGGUGGCUCUGCUAUCUUCGCUGUUAUUGGCUAUUCUAUCCUGUUAGGAAACAGUGAUCCGGUUGCCAGACCCGGGGUUAGCUACGUCGGCGUGUUCUUCGCUGCAGGAGGUAUAUAUCCGGCAAGUGCCCUGGUGUUAUCUUGGCCUGCUAUCAAUGUGUCUGGUCAGACGAAACGAGCGAUUGCGAACGCUAUGCAAAUUAGCAUCGGGAACCUCGGUGCCGUACUGGGUACACAACUGUACCGUUCCACAGACGGACCUAGGUUCAUCGUGGGCCACUCUGUUGCCCUUGGGUACCUCGUCGCUAAUGCGGUUGUUGUGACCAUUUUAGCUGUAAGGUUAAAGAAAGAAAAUAAGAGGCGGGAGGAAAUAACAGAAGAAAUAAAACACGUAGGGGAAGUAGCAGAUUGGCAGGGAGAUUCAGACCCGAGAUGGCGAUUUGAAUAUUAA